AUGCGUGGAACAUGGGUUGUGGCUGGUCCCGCCCUGUUCGCAGCAAGGAAAACUCUGGUCUUUCGAAGGACAUCCUCCAUGAGACUAGUUUCAAAAGCACCAUUCGAGAAUCCAGGGAGAGCUGGUGUGUAUAGCUCCCUCUGGAUUAUCGAAUGGCGUUUCGAGUCGUGCAAACCGAUUACAGACAUAAUUCUGACAAAUGCUGCGCAAGUGGAAGGGGGGGGGGGGCGUGGCAAUGGCUACGAUCAGCCAAGGAAAGCGAACCCACAAUACGGUAUUCACCCGGCUUAUCAACUUGUUUUUGAUCACGAUCAACUCGAUCUUGGAUAUACCUAUGUCUCUCAUUAUUCGCCACAUUCUCAACAGCAACAAGCAUCGGGUCCAAAAGGCACUAAAAUUCAGCAACCUGAUCCCGCUGGAGAUAACUUUGAUAUGGAAAGCAACCCUCUCAAGGACCCCGCCAACAGUCUAGGUCGUAACUUCAGACUUUUCUAA